GCAUAGACAAGCACAGUCGUACAUCUCCCCCCAACCCCGUAUCCAAACUCUUCACCCGUUUCGACUUGACCUUUCACUCUUCGGCUCCUCCCUGGUUGUGUAACCCAGCGCCAUCUUCCCAGCUCGGAGCCAUGGCUCCGCAGUCCCAUCUGGUCCGUAGGCUUGCGUGGGGAGCGACAGGCUUCGCCCUGGCUGUAAUCGCCGUCCUUGCCACGUGUCACGCCGUCGACAACUACUACAUCCUGCGCCACCCCGCGUUCUGCGCCGAGACGUCCGAUCCGCGCUACUGCGUCGAGCAGCUCCGCGACGUGCGGCGCAAGCUCGGCGCGCUUCCCGCUCCGCAGAGCGAGCUCGCGCCGGGACUGGUGGCGAACAUCACGGCGGGAAUGCAGGUGGUGCUUGCGAGAGUAUCCGCGAUAAAGAAGAGCCGCAGUACAGUGAACAUGUCAGACGCCGUCACAACCGACUGCCUUGAUCUGACCGCGAACGCCCUGUAUCAUCUCGCCAAGGCAGCAGCGGCGCUCAAGGCGCGCACCAACGACGAGGACGUGCCGUUCUGGGUCACCGCGGCGCGGGACCAGCUCGCGACGUGUCUCGACGGCAUCUGGGAAUUCUCGCUCGACACAUACAAGUCGCACCCGGGGAAGUCGCUCAAAGCCCACGGCCACAAUCUCAAGAAAACUUUCGACACCGCCAUCGCUCUCGCGCUCCACUCCGCCCGAUCCGCGCAAAAGACUCCCCCCCGCCGCGAGACUUUAGGAGACAGCGGAGGUCCGGGGAAGCUGCCCCCGUGGGUCGAGCCGGGAAUGUACGAGCAGAUUAGGGAGCUUCAGGCGCGGAUGCAGGGGGAUCACGCGGAGGCGGAGGCGUGGGUGGAGCGCGGGCGGAAAGCGCUCGGGCUCGGCCUGGCGGACGCGGAGGAGGCGGAUGCGGCUGGCGGAGGGAUUUGGGGGAAGCUAUUCGGGCGGACGAGGCGGGGGCUGAUGGGGGAAUCCAGGCGGAAGCUUCAGCUUGCGAAAGUCAAGAAGCUGAAGCCGAAUGCGGUGGUGGGGAAGAACGAGAAGUACAAGAAGAUCUCGGACGCGUUAAAAGCAGCUCCGAAAACGGGGCUGUACGUGGUGUACAUCAAGGCGGGGACGUAUAAGGAGAAGCUCGUGGUGAACCGCGAGGGCGUGAUUUUCGUGGGAGACGGCAUGACGAAGACGAUUAUAACGGGGAAGGACAGCGUGGCUGGCGGGUUUACCACCUACAACACGGCGACAGUCAGUGUCAAGAGAAACUAUUUUCAGGCAGCGGGAAUCAAGUUUGAAAACACUGCGGGGCCUUCUGGAAACCAGGCCGUGGCGCUUAUGAUCGACGCGGAUAAAACCGUCAUUUAUGACUGCUCCGCUACUGGUUACCAGGACACGCUCUACACCCACUCCGGUCGGCAAUACUACCGAAACAGUUUCAUUUCGGGAUUCACGGAUUUUAUCUUCGGAAAUGCUGCGGCGGAGAUUGAGAAUUGUACGAUCGAGAUGCGCGCGGGGAAAUCCAACAUUCCGAUCACCGCGUCGGGGAGAGAGAGCGAAACGCCCACGGGGAUCGUGAUUCGAUACUCGUUUGUAACCGCGGAGAAGGGUGUUACAAACGGUUACUUGGGACGCCCUUGGAAGAAAUGUGCGCGUACGGUCUAUAUUCAGACGUACCUUCCCAAGCAAAUCAACAAGGACGGUUGGAGCACGUGGAAUGGAGACACCUACGGCAAGUGUGUGUACUAUGCUGAGAAGGACAGCGAGGGGCCGGGCGCAUACAAGCCGAGAGCGAAAUGGGUGAAGCCGGGGAUCAUCCGCGAUGGCAAGCCGUGGGCGCCGGAGCCGUUCAUCCAGCUGGGGGAGUGGUAUGACGUGAAGAAGGGGGUCAUCAGAUAUCCCUAGUAGAAAAGAAGGAAGCACUGGGGAGGGAGGGCCGGGGGCGCAUACAAGCCGAGAGCUAAAUGGGUAAAGCCGGGGAUCAUCGGCAAUGGCAAGCAAGCCGUGGGCGCCCGAGCCGUUCAUUCUACUGGGGGAGUGGUAUGACGUGAAGAAAGGGGGUCAUCCGGAAUCCCUAGUCUAGAGAUGAUGCCCAGGGGAGCAGGGAGCGGGGGCACAAGCCGAGGGCUAGCUUGGUGAAGGGGAUCAUAGGGGAUGGAAGCUGUGGGCGCCGGAGCCUUUCAUUCAGCUAUACGGGAGUGGCAGAACGAGAAGAAAAGGGGGUCUCAGAAGAAAGGAUAAGCCGCUCGAGAGCUGGAGAGCAAUGGGGGGGGUAUGCAUUAAUAAAGGCAAGGCUGGACAUACGUAUCACAGCCUAGAGCUCUCUGCCAAGAAUAAAGUUGCAUGUGUGUUGGCCACAUCACAGUGAACGGCCUUUCAUUGUGUUCUGUGCCAAUCUCCUUUUUGUCUCAAUAUUGGGUA